AUGAACCAGAACAACCAGACCUGGGUGACAGAAUUCCUCCUCUUGGGACUCUCUAAUGACCCUCAGACUCAGGUGCUUCUUUUUGUAUUGUUCCUGAGAGUCUACAUGGCUACUGUGCUUGGGAGCUUACUCUUCAUCUACCUAGUUUUGACUGAUUCACAGCUUCAUAUACCCAUGUACUUUUUUCUAUGCAACUUGUCUGUGGCUGACCUUUGCUUCUCUACCAACAUUGUUCCCCAGGCCAUGAACCACAUGCUGACCAGAAAGAAGGUAAUUUCCUUCAUGGGUUGUGUUGCUCAGCUUUUUCUUUUCCUCAUUUUUGGAGCUACCCAGUGUGCCUUAUUAGCUGUGAUGUCCUAUGACCGGUACUUGGCAAUCUGUGAUCCCAUGCAUUAUCCUAUCAUUAUGACAAGGAGGAUGUGUAGCCUCUUGGCCUUAGGGUGCUGGAUCAGUGGUAUUCUAAUAUCCUUGGUGGACACUACAUUCACACUACGUCUCCCCUUCAAAGGAGACAACAAGAUUGCUCAUUUCUUUUGUGAAGCCCCUGCCCUCCUCGAUGUGGCAUCUGCAGAUACUCACAACUCACAAAUGGUUAUUUUCCUCAUGGGUGUGGUGAUUCUUCUUGCACCUGUGUCCCUGAUCCUGGUCUCCUAUGGCUCUAUUAUAGUAACUGUGGUCAGGAUGAAGACAACCUCUGGGAGACUCAAGGCAUUCUCCACCUGUGGCUCCCAUCUCCUUGUGGUAAUCCUUUUCUAUGGAUCUGCAAUAAUUUCCUAUAUGACCCCCAAAUCCUCCAAAGAACAGGCCAAACUGGUUUCUGUGUUUUAUGCUGUUAUUAACCCUAUGCUUAAUCCUCUCAUCUAUAGCCUAAGGAACAAAGAUGUGAAGAGAGCAUUCAGGAAUGCCACCAACAGGGGGAAACCCGGAGUCGAUGAUAUCAGUGUGGAGGUCUGUUGCCACACAGUGGGGCCAGAACCAGCUACAACAGUAGUUUUGGUAGCUCUCAACCCAGAGGCUGUUAGGGGGUUAGACAUCUGGUCAGAAAGAGUAUACAGGGAAUCCUCUGCUGCCCAGGGAGAGCUGGUGCUGACUGGCAAUUCUGUUGCACAUAUGCAAUUACGAGUUGCAGUUCCAGGGUGGACAAGAAUGCUGGUGGUUGAUCGCAGAGGAGCAGGGGCUCUGGUUGCACUCCCAAAGCAAAGAAGAGAACACUUGCAACUGCAGAGCACCAAGGGGCCUUCCUGGGUAAAGACCAGAGAGCAGACCAAGAGGGCAGUGACCAUAUUUCUCCCAGGACCACACCACAUGGGGAACACAAAAACCUUGCAAAUCCCAAAAGUGGCUCUGAAAACAGCAUAA